CUGUGAAUAGAUUCUUAAUGGUUCUGUUCACCAUCCAGUCCAGUAGGGGGCAGUGAAACACCCAACUAAAAGACAAAGGAGAAGAAGAGCUGAAGACGUUGUGCCACUUGGACGGCCUAGUUAUCCAGCUAAGCUAAAACAAUCUCUACAUUUAGCUGUUUCUACCUGCAGUUUUACAGAGAAUCUUAAAUCAGUUCAAUUAAAAACAGCAUUUGGAGAGGAUUAACUCACUGAUCCUGAGGAAUAAUAAAAAGAAGAAAAAAAAGACAUUAUUUGUACGAUGACUAGUCAAGAAGAAACACAGACAGACCUUCACCGCUGCUUAGUGUGUGGAAAGAGUUUUAGUCAAGAGAAGGAUCUCACAGCACACCAGCGCAUCCACAGACGACGCAAACAGCAUCAGUGCCAACAGUGUGGAAAGAGUUUCACUCAAAAGUAUCGUUUCUACGAACAUCAGCACACUCAUACAGGAGAAAAGCCAUAUCAGUGCUCACAGUGUGGAAAGUGUUUUGUUUACAUGAGGAGUCUCAAAGUACACCAACGCCUCCAUGAAGGAGAAAAGCCCUAUCUGUGCUCACUGUGUGGGAAGGGUUUUAUUACCAAGAGUCAUUUUAAACAGCAUCAACAGAUUCACACUGACGACAAACCGUAUCACUGUUCACAUUGUGGGAAGAGUUUCAAUCAAAAGUAUUCUUUCCAGCAACAUCAGCGUAUUCAUACUGGAGACAAACCCUUUCAUUGUUCUCAGUGUGGGAAGAGUUUUAUUCAAAAGGUCUCUCUUCUGAAACAUCAGCGUAUUCACACUGGGGAGAAACCAUAUUACUGCUCAGAGUGUGGGAAGAGUUUUAAUAAUGUAAGCAAUUUCCAACAACACCAGCGCAUUCACACUGGAGAGAAGCCGUAUUACUGCUCCGUGUGUGGAAAGAAUUUUACUCAAAAUGCCUCUUUAAAAAGCCAUCUACGCACACAUACUAAAGGGACAGGAAAAAAGUGUUCUCAAGGUCCAUGCCCUUGAGGGGCUGCUUUAGGGCCACAAACUGGGAUGAGAAACAAAAUUCCUUAACUAUUAUUGUAAUGUUAUUAUGUUGAUGAGAUGUCUUUAAUGCACACACAUAUUUUCUUUUUUUUUCUGUUUGUUCCAUUUCCAGUUUAGGUUCCUUGAACCUGCUUAAAGACCUGAAUUUAAUAGUUUUUACAUACAAUGAAUAGUGCAUUUGUUUAGUGGACUACAAGGGCCGUUUGUGCUUUUUACGCUAUUCUUGCAUUUCAUUCAUGGAUGCUGUGAAGUUAUCAAACCGAAUUGGGGGUUUUAAGGUGAAUUAACAAGACAGAGCUGACAUCUCUGCCUAAAAUUUAUUUUCCCAGCAAAAA